UAGUUGCUUAAUUUUACUCAGUACUUAAAUAUAUAAUUACACUGUAACAAUGACACCUUAAAAUAAAGUGCAACCAGCUUCUGUACAUAAGAAAAAAGGUUUACAUAAGCUUUGUUUCCAGUCCACAAUUAAUAUUGAUACUGUGUAAUUAAUAGUGUGUGUGUGUGUGUGUUUGGAAUGAUUUGCUUUAUAAUAAGCUACUGUACGUCACGUUUGUUUUCUAAAUAAAUAUUGAUAAAAGGUCUACAUUCAGGAUUGUUAAACUAUAUUUAUUUUCCCGUUUUGUGUUUCUUUCUGGGAACCGUUAAUUAAACAUCGAAUGACUCACUUUCUACUGGUCUGGUUAAUAAUGUGUCUAUUGAAAGAGAAAACCAUUCAAAAUAGUGCACACAGUUAAAUGAGUACAAUUACUACAAAUAAGAAGAUAAAUAUUGAACUGAAGAGACCGGCGCGUUCACGCAAAGAGCGCCUCGACUGCGGACGCGCGCCCUGUUGUGUAGCAGGUUUCCAUGGUUACCGAGUCCUCCAUUCAUCACUACCGAGUUUUUCCGGUCGCUGUAGUUUGGAAAGACCCACAAGAGAUUAAUACAGCUGGUCAGUAACUUGAAGUUAGCAAUCUAUAAUGGAUAUGGGCAGCAAACUCGAAGAACUGAAUUUGACACGCGAUGAAAUGAAUAGAUUCGGUAAAGCGCUAAAAGACGAGAAGUUCCGCGAGUUACUGCAGGAAUACGCGGCUGAGAUCUCGGACCCGGAGAACCGGAGGAGAUAUGAGGAGGAGAUCACUCAGAUGGAGGAGGACAGGGGCAAUAACGUGCAGUUUAUUCACCCCGAGGCGAAUCACGUGCUCAAAACACGCAGCGCGCGCGGGAAAUGCUUCAUCAACAUCUGCUCUAAUCCGCGCAUCGGUGAACCGUCGUGUGAAGCAGCUCGAGACCGAGGCGGGGAACCGGGUCAGAACUGGCGCUUACCGUUCAGUCUGACACCGGGCCGAGCCGACCGAGACGCCGCGGGGAACGGCUGUGAGGUUUACGAUGUCGUUUUCCAUCCAGACGCGCUUCACAUGGCGGCAAAAAACGCGAGGUUCAUGAAACUCAUCCACAGGACCGCCAUCGGAGGGAUCGAAGACUCGUUCCACAUCAAGAUAGACAGAGAGCAAGUCAAGCAGCUGAAGAUGAAGUAUAAAGGUGUUGCACAUCCAGCUGUGAUCCGCAGGCCGAUCCCCGGACACCACCAGAAGAACCGGAGCUCCGGUGAGGACAUGCUGUCGUUUCCAUAUCCAGAUGAGAAUCAAACAGGACCAGAACCAGAACCCGAAGCGAGUCAAAGUCCUCCUAAUCCUGAUGACCUCAGAUCCAAACAGCCCAUCAAACCACAUUACACCGUAAAAUACCGAUCAGUCGUGGAUUUGCAGGAUUACAGGUGCUCCCGAGACUCGGGGCCCGGGGCCCGACCCAGAGAGAUCGUGGUCAUCAUCGAUGUGCCGCUGCUGGGAUCAGCACUGGACGCUGAGGUGUGUGUGACGGAGCGACGCCUCGUCCUGGAGGCUCCAGAACCAGCGUACCGACUGGACCUUCCGCUCGCCUAUCCGGUGGAUGAAGAGAAAGGAGAUGCAAAAUUCAACAGAACUAAGAAACAGUUGACAAUCACUCUUCCCGUUCGGCCAGCGAAACCCCCGGAGUUACAGAUGAGCUGCGAUGAGGCGAAGAGUGACGUCAACGAGGAAGCAGAUCAGAACACAAAAGAGGACGGUCUUGAUCUGGAUCACACAGAAGGUCUUGAUCCGGAUCACACAAGAGGAGGUCCUGAUCCGGAUCACACAGAAGGAGGUCCUGAUCCGGAUCACACAGAAGGUCUUGAUCUGGAUCACACAGAAGGUCUUGAUCCGGAUCACACAGGAGGAGGUCCUGAUCCGGAUCACACAGAAGGUCUUGAUCCGGAUCACACAGGAGGAGGUGUUGAUCCAGAUCACACAGGAGGAGGUGUUGAUCCAGAUCACACAGAAGGUCUUGAUCUGGAUCAAACAGAAGGUCUUGAUCCUGAUCACACAGAAGGAGGUCUUGAUCCGGAUCACACAGGAGGAGGUCUUGAUCCGGAUCACACAGGAGGAGGUGUUGAUCCAGAUCACACAGAAGGUCUUGAUCCGGAUCACACAGGAGGAGGUCUUGAUCCGGAUCACACAGAAUCAGAGCGGAGUCAGCUGACGUGUGAUACGACAUUUGAGCCUCAAUUCACAGAUUUAACGACAGAUCGACAGACACACGAGAUGAGCAACAAUCUAAUCACCAACCCAACAGAGAACCGGACAGAACCGGAUCGGUCUGUAGAAGAUGAAACCAACACCAAUCGAGCAGUCGACUCUUCAUCUGAUACAGGGUUCGUCAGGGAAUCUCACCGUCUCCACGGUAGAGAUGAAGAGGCAGAAAACACGUCACUUCAGACCGAUGACAACACACUGAUCCAUCAGCAAACCAGCAGCUCCGUGACGCAGCGGGAGGAUCCCAACUCUACUCGGGAGGAUCCCAGCUCUACUCGGGAAGCUGAAGGUCCAGAGUCGAAGCAUUCUUCAGGAGACUGCGGGAGCGACGGGAAUGCUGGGAUACGGUCGGAGGACCCAGUGGUGAGAGAGACCAGUCACAUGACCUCGGCCGCCUUGCGUUUCCAGAACACUCUGUGCUUUGAUUUGGACUAA